UCAAAGUUCCCGGGCAUGGUUGAGAUCAAUCGACGACGUCGGAGUGCGAUUGCCGCUAAUCGAUGCUCUCGGAGUGCGGCUGAUCACGUUGUCAUGGCGGCGGCUGUUGACACCCAGGUUGCGGCCUCGGGAGAGUCCCAGGUUCUCGAUGAGGCCGAAAGGGAGUCCGUCAGCCCAACUCCAGCACCCGCCUUGACACCCGUCGCGUCUCCGACCCCCGCACCAUCCGGUACUGAUGCCGAGGAUCCGGCCCCAUCCCCCGCAAGCACUUCGGCCCUGGCAGAGGCUGGGAGCAGCUUCGAUAAAAACUGCAUCUUCUGUAAAAUCGGGAGUAAAGAGCAGCCGGCGGUCCUGGUGCAUUGGGAUGAACAGUUUGCUUGUUUUCGGGACAUCCAUCCUGGUGCACCCCAUCAUUAUCUUGUAGUGCCGAGGAAACAUAUUGGAAAUUGCAAAUCUCUGAAAAGGGAACACAUAUCAAUAGUUGAAGCGAUGGUGACUGUUGGGAAAAAUGUACUCCUUCAAAAUGGCAUAGAUGAUCUGUCCGAUGUGAGGCUUGGUUUUCACUGGCCACCAUUUUGCUCAGUAACUCAUCUACACUUGCAUGUACUAGCUCCAGCUAGUCAGAUGGGAUUUAUAUCAAGAAUGACUUAUAGACCAAAUUCCUACUGGUUUAUCACGGUUGAACAGUUGAUUGAAAAGCUUAAGACUCUCCCAGGUGAUUCCAAAUGAAGCUGAACAAUUGAAGACCAGGGUGUAGAUCCAGAAGUUCUUUCUAUUUCAAGACUAUAAUUGUUCUUUAACCUGAUCCAACUUUUGGUUUAAUCAAAUAGCAUUAAGAGAUGAUAAUUCUACCUGAAAAAUGUCAUUUAAUAGGUUCCUGAAUACUUGAUGUUUAAAUACAAUACGGAUUAUAGCUAGGCUUCAAGUCCAUUUAACUCGGUCCUAAGUUGAAUGCAUAGAAGGUCGUAAAUAGUUAACUAAACCUGACAGCAUGCAAUUGAUUGUAACCCAAAAUGGAAAGAUUGAAGAACUUUUAUUACAUAUACAAAUGUUCUUAUACAGCUUAUCUUACAUUUUGUUGAAUAUUUAAUUGCACUGGCAUCAAUACAAGUUUUGUGGUAGAUGUUUCAAUGUGCAUCAAGUACUUAAUUUGUAUCUGAAUAUAUAGAAUGGAAGUCAGACUUUAGUAAUUUAAGUUUGAUAAUUGUAUUCCCACUUGAACAGUUCAACUUAUAAAAUUGCACAGGCACGAAACAAUCUUUCACUGCUUGUAAUUUAUAAACAAACGCAAGUUAAAAUUGAAUGUCCAAUGUGUCAUUGAGUUAAGAAUUAUUCAAAUCUAUGACUUACUGAAUUAAUUUAUUUAUUAAUAAAAUAAAUAUAAUGAAUCACAUUAUAACAGCUGGUGAUGGUUUCCAGCACGCAUAGCCACAAUACAUUUAUAUUAUAAGGAAAUGCAAUACAUUUUAAAUGCACUCUUUAAAAAAAAACCAAGUUAAAAUCUGUUUCUCAACUGAAUGGAAGAAAUAUUUGGAAAGCUGUUAAGUUGGUGAAGGGAAGGGUGAAAACAACAACCACUUUGACCUCCCUAAUCUGUUAAUCACUCAACUGUUAAUCACCCUCCCAUCACUUGCCAGCUUGUGCCUCACCUCUUCCCCUAGUCUCUGUACAGGCUACAUCUCCUCUAGCUUUCAGUCCAAAUGAACCAGAAACUGCAAUUGUCUGUUUUUCUCCACAGAUGCUGAUUUCCACUGGCAUCAAUCCUCAGUUUUAUUUUGCUCUAUGUGUACUUAAUUAACAACAUCAGAGCAGUGGAUGUAAUGGAUGUGAAUUUCAGUAAGGCAUUUAAUAAGGUUCCCCAUGUGAGGUUCCUUCAGAAAGUAAGGGGGCAUGGGAUACAAGGAGACCUUGCUUUGUGGAUCCUGAAUUGGCUUCACCACAGAAGGUGGUUGUGGAUGGUUCAAGUUCUGCAUGAGUACAGUGACCAGGGUGUUCCACAGGAAUCUAUUCUGGGAUCCCUCCUCUUUGUAAUUUUUAUAAAUGACCUAGAUGAGAAAGUAGAAGUUUGUUGAUGAUACAAGAGUUGGGGGCAUUGUGGAUAAUCUGGAGGGUUGUCAGAAGUUACAGCAUGACAUCGAUAUGAUGCAGAACUAGGCUGAGAAGUGGCAGAUGGACUUCAACCCAGAUAAGUGCGAAGUGGUUCAUUUUGGUAGUUCAAAUUUGAAGACAGAAUAUAAUAUUAAUGGUAAGUCUCUUGGCAGUGUGGAGGAUCAGUGAAAUCUUGGAUCCAUGUCCAUAGGACACUUAAAGCUACUGUGGAGGCUGAGUGUUAUUAAGAAGGUGUAUAGUGUGUUGGCUUUCAUCAACCUUGGGAAUGAGUUCAAGAGCCAUGAAGUAAUGUUACAGUUAUAUAAGACCUCAGUUAGACCUUACUUGAAGCACUGUGUUUAGUUCUGGUCAUCUCAUUACAGGAAGAAUGUGGAUGGUAUAGAGAGAGUGCAGAGGAGAUUUGCAAGGAUGGUUGUCUCGAUUGGAGAGCGUACUUCAUGAGAAUAGGUUGGGUGAACUCGGCCUUUUCUCCUUAAAACGACAGAGGAUGAGAGGUGACCUGAUAGAGGUGUAUAAGACGAUGAGAGGCAAUAAUUUUGUGGAUAGCCAAAGGCUUUUUCCUAGGGCUGAAAUGGCUAACAAGUGGGGGGCCUAGUUUUAAGGUGCUUGGAAAUAGUACCAGGGGGAUGUCAGAGUUUUUCACACAGUGGUGGGUGUGUGGAAUGCACUGCCAGCGAAGGUGGUAGAGGUAGAUACAAUAAGAUCUUUUGAGAGACUCUAAGGUACAUGGACCUUAGAAAAAGGUUCAUGGGGUAGGAAAAUUCUAGGCAGCUUCUAGAGUAGGUUACAUGGUCAGCACAACAUUGUGGGCCAAAGGGCCUGAAAUAUGCUGUAGAUUUUCUAUAUUCUAUGUUCUAUUUACUUAAUUCUAUCCAUCACAAUUACAUGCACUAAGACUUUGAUAAUAUGUAGGCAUAGGCUGAUAAGUGAUAAGUAACACUUGGUCAGGUUGCCACAAAUGCCAAGCAACUUUCACUAUCUUGGAUCUUCUAUGAUAUUACCUUCAGUUGUCUACAAUAUGUGGGGAGAUAGUGCUCUAAGGAGCCAUGAUAACUAGGCUACUAGAGCAAGUCAGAAUCAAGCUUAAUAUCAUUAGCAUUAUAUUUGUUAACUUAAUGGCCACAGCAAAAUGCAAUACAUGAUUUAGAAAAAGAUGAAUUACGGUAAUUAUUAAAUAAUUAAUUAGAAAUAGUAGUGUAAAAACAGAAAUGAUUUAAAAAUUGAGGUAGUUGUUUACAGGUUCAAUGUCAAUUUAGAAAUCCAAUGGCAGAGGAGAAGAAGCUGUUCCUGAAUUGUUUCUGUAUUGCCUUUCUAACUAAAAUGGGAAGAGGACAUGUCCUGGGUGAUGGGGGGGGGGGGGGGGGGACGGACAUAAUACUGGACACCACCUUUUUGAGCCACCACUGCUUGAAGAUGUCUUGGAUACGAUGGAGGCUAGUAGCCAUAACGGAGAUGACUAAUUUUACAAUUUUAUGUAGUUUCUUUUGAUCCUGUGCAUUGCCCUGCUCCCCCCACCCCCAUACCGAACUGUGAUAUAGACAGUCAGAUUCCUCUC